CUCAAACUAUCGGUCAGCAUUCAAGGCUUCAUUCCAGCCCUACACACCUCCCGAGCUAUCUUUUCUUCACCAUGCGUUUUUCUUGGAUCCCCACCGUCGUACUGUGGUCAUCCUUCUUUCGGACGACAGUCGCUCUACCGUCUCCUAGGCCUUCUACAGCGCAGAACGGGCUGCUAUUACGUAAAGAGUGGCGAUCCCUCUCUGGGGCUGAGAAGACAGCUUAUAUCAGUGCCGUCAAGUGUCUCUUAGAAAAGCCACCUGUGACCUCGAAAAUCGACCUUCCUGGUGUACAGAACCGCUUUGAGGACUUUCUUGGCGACCACAUUCGUCAGGCCGAUGCUAUGCACUUUGUAGGCUACUUCUACCCAUGGCACCGUCUGUUAUUGCGAGCCUAUGAACUCGAAUUAGCUGCUUGUGGGUAUGCAGGGGGUCAGCCUUACUGGGACUGGUCGCUCGAUGCCAACUCCUCGGACGACUUUUUCAAUUCCCCAAUCUUUGACCCCAUCACUGGCUUCGGUGGCAACGGUGACUACAUUAACGGUACUAAGGAAAAUCCUUUGCCUGGCGUAACUUCGACUCUCGGAGAUAUUCCCGUGGAUGUAGAAGAUCGAAGUGGGGGAGGGUGCCUCUCAAACGGACCUUUCGCGAAUUUAUCUAUCCACAUGGGCCCUGGAUUCAACACCUCGUACAAUGAGUGGUGCAUACGUCGAGAUUUUGUGCCCUCAGUUUUCAUGGCUGCCGGGCACUCCACAGCAGUGGAUGCAGCUAUGAGUCAUACCACUUUCGGGGCCUUCAGCCAACAAUCUGAAGCCACAAAUCACGGUGCAGGCCAUAUUGGAGUUGGUGGACUAUAUGGGGUCUUGACAGAUGUCUGGGCUAGCCCUGGAGAUCCUCUCUUCUUUCUCCACCAUGCGAACAUGGAUCGACUGUGGUGGUCGUGGCAGCACAAGAAUUUGACUGCGAGGCUUACUGACAUAUCUGGUCCAGUGGUUCCUCACGAUUAUUCAAAUUUAGAAGGGCGAAACGUUACGCUGGAUGACGUUGUCUACGUCGGGACAACUGUCAAUGUGACAGCUUCUAUUCGACAGCUCAUGGAUAUCCGCGGCCCUGCGCUCGGGUACACUUAUGCCGAUCUAUACUAGGAAUUUUUUUUCGGACUACAAGAUUACACGCCGCAUUUGUCGUAUCAGCGGUGGCACAGAUACGUUAAAACAACCACCCAGAAUCCGUCGCCUGGUAGGCAGUAGCUUCCAAGGGUCUUAAAUUUCUUCAACCUGGUUCGCGGC